AAUUGAUUUUAGUUGCGUGCAGUUCUUAAGUAGGGCCACCUGAGGCUGAUCUGUUCGUGACCCAACUUUUAGCCGGAGAAAUUGAGUUUAGAGUUGAGAGGAGACUUCCAUUCUUAGUUCCAACUUCCAACAGUGCAAAACGACGCAGUUUUGGCGCAUUCUGGCAGAACGGGAACGAUGUCUAGCGUUGUUGAGAUGAAAAUAGAUGCGUUUCUCAGCUUCAACCAUUUGCUAAAACCCAAACCCUCGUUCACAACCACGAAGCUAUCUUCCAGAUUCACUUUCCAUGAUCAUAAUAAGAAGCAGACAUGCAAAUUCAAAAUUCGAUCUCAGGUUGGAGCUGAGAAACAAACAGCUUCAGUUGAUUCUAGGGUCAAGGACAUUGUUUGGCCGUCGCCUGAUGAUGAAAUUGUUUUCUGGAACAAGGAAUUCCCUCAUUGGGAUGUGAGCCAACAAGCUCCCGCUGAAAUUGAGAAGGAUUCUGAUCUUAUGCACAUAAUUCAUGUCACAGCUGAAAUGGCUCCCAUAGCCAAAGCUGGGGGCCUUGGUGAUGUUGUAACUGGACUGGCACGAGCAUGCCUAUCGCGCGCCCAUAAGGUGGAUAUAAUGCUGCCUUUCUAUGAGUGCAUCCAGAGGGAGCAGAUCAGUGAAUUGGGGUUAAUCACCACAUAUGAAUCAUAUUAUGAUGGAAAAUGGGUCCCAACCAAUGCAUAUCGAGGAGUGGUUUCGGGAAUUCCUGUGAUUUUUAUUCAACCAUCCAACAACUUCUUUAAGGGGCAAAAUGUAUAUGGCGGUUCAUACAAUGAACUGGAGGCUUAUCUGUAUUUUAGCCGUGCUUGCCUUGAAUGGAUGCAGGGAAGCCCAAGUUUACCUAUGUUCGUAAACGUGACUGGGACGCAGCCUGAUAUCAUUCAUAUCCAUGAAUGGCAGACAGGUUCUUUACCCCUGCUUUACUGGGAUAUGUACCAUUAUCUCUCACUUAAGAAACCACGAGUGGUAUUGACAAUCCACAAUAUGGAGCAUUAUGGGGAGUGCUGCAAAGAAGAAUUGAGCAAGUGUGGUCUUGAUGGAUCCCUAUAUGCAACUCUUGACAAGGCAGUUGACGACCGAACUAUAGGACACAACCCUGAGAGGCUGAGCUUGUUGAAAGGUGGAAUCGUGUACAGUAAUGCUGUCAUUACAGUUUCUCCAACAUAUCUCAAGGAAACACUAUGCUCUGGAUGGCUUGCAAGCACUUUGAUAUUAAAUCGUGACAAGUACUAUGGUGUUUUAAAUGGAAUAGAUACUGCAAUGUGGAACCCUGCUACAGAUGUUUUCUUGCCAUCUAAGUUCAAUGCUCGAAAUACAGAGGGGAAGAAAAUAUGCAAAUAUUAUGUUCAAAGAGGGCUUGGUUUAAUUUUAAAAGGCACUUCAGCUAGUAAACUUAUCAAUGAGAUGGAAAACAAGGUACCCUUGGUCGUUUGCAUUACUCGAUUGGUUGCUCAAAAGGGUCUUCAUUUGAUUACUCGUGCGAUUAAGCAAGUUGAAGAACGUGGUGGGCAGAUGAUUGUUCUGGGAAAAACUUCUGAUGGUCGGGUUCAAACAGAGUUUGAAGCUCUUGCAAAUUUGCAUAACCAAGGGCCCAGCAUCCGGAUCCUUUUGACAUAUAGUGAGGAGCUGUCCCACAUGCUCUAUGCUGCAGCUGACAUGGUGUUGGUUCCUUCCAUUUAUGAGCCAUGUGGACUUGCCCAGAUGAUUGGAAUGCGUUAUGGAGCGAUCCCAAUAGUUAGGAAGACUGGUGGUCUUGCUGACACUGUUUUUGACAUGGAUGAUCAGUUACACCGUGAAACGGCCAAUGGUUUUGUUUUUGAAGGAAUUGAUGAAGGAUCUCUGAAUUGGGCUCUGGACCGUGCAUUUUCUUUCUAUAGGGAGAAACCAGAAGAAUGGAAUGCAACCAUACAGAAGGUUAUGGAAAUUGACAAUAGCUGGAAUAACACGGCGGGGAAAUACAUUGACAUCUACAACUCAGUAAGAGUGAGAUGUUAAUAAUUUUUAAUGUUGUCAAUAAUACUAAGCCAUUCAGCUUCUGUAGUACAAGUUAAAGCUACAAGGAUGAUUAUUUCUGCUAUAUUUUGUGAAGAGAGUACAAAUCUCUCACUUCCUUUUUCCCUUGUGUUAUUCCUCUUUAACAAUUGAUAGAAAGUAGAAGAGAGUUAUUUGGUUCA